CCGGGGGCUGCCGCUGCGAGGGGCCGGGCCGGGCCGCGCGGAGCUAUAGCUGCUGCUGCUGCCCUGUUCUGAGGAUCGAGCACUCCUGGCCCCGUCCUGCAGGCAUGGUUUAGCACCCUCCUCCUCCCACUGAAAACUCACAGCAGGGGCCCUGCUUGGCUGUAGCCAGGACAGCUACUCCCAGAUUAAUACUGGCACACCUGGCCUGUAGGCUGAGCCGUUGCCAAUGAACUCCAUGAACCCCAUGAAACCUGCCCUGCCCCCAACGCCACACGGUGAUGGUUCAUUUGCAUAUGAGUCUGUGCCUUGGCAACAAAGUGCCACUCAGCCAGCUGGGUCACUGUCUGUGGUCACUACUGUGUGGGGAGUUGGCAACGCGACCCAGAGCCAGGUUUUGGGGAACCCCAUGGGCCCUGCAGGAAGCCCUUCUGGUGGCUCCAUGAUGCCUGGUGUGGCAGGUGGCAGCUCUGCCUUGACUUCCGCUCAGUGCCUGGGACAGCAGGCGUUUGCUGAAGGUGGCGCUAGCAAGGGCUAUGUGCAGCAAGGCGUGUAUGGCCGUGGGGGCUACCCUGGGGGCCCCAGCUUCACCACUGGGUAUGCUGGCAGCCCUGGCGGCCUGGGCCUCCCCUCCCAUGCUGCGCGUCCCUCCACUGACUUCACACAAGCAGCAGCUGCAGCUGCCAUGGCCGCUGCUGCAGCCACUGCCACAGCCACGGCCACAGCCACUGUGGCUGCCCUGCAGGAGAAGCAGAGCCAGGAGCUCAGCCAGUAUGGAGCGAUGGGGACUGGACAGUCUUUUAACAGCCAAUUUUUGCAGCAUGGAGGUCCCCGGGCACCCAACGUCCCCCCUGGCAUGAACCCUUCUGGCAUGGGAGGAAUGAUGGGUCCCUCUGGCCUCUCCUCCAUGACUAUGAACCCCACCCGGGCAGCUGGCAUGACGCCUUUGUAUACAGGACAGCGCCUACCCCAGCAUGGGUACCCUGGCCCUCCCCAGGCCCAGCCAUUGCCCCGACAGGGGGUUAAGAGAGCCUACUCGGAGGUGUAUCCAGGGCAGCAAUACCUGCAAGGAGGCCAGUAUGCACCCAGCACUGCCCAGUAUGCACCCAGCCCUGGGCAACCCCCUGCUCCUGCUUCCUACCCUGGGCACAGGCUGCCCCUGCAGCAGGGUAUGGGCCCUGCAGGACUGCAUUACAAGCCUGCAGAGCAGUUCAGCGGGCAGGGCGCCAACUUCAGCGGGGGCAGCAUCGGCUACAGCCAGCCCAGCCUAAGUGGGCCUGCCCGCUCCAUCCCUGGCUACCCCAGCUCCCCGCUGCCAGGGAACCCUACACCACCCAUGACGCCCAGCAGCAGUGUUCCCUACAUGUCCCCAAGCCAGGAGGUCAAGUCUCCUUUCCUGCCUGACCUCAAGCCAGGUCUCAGCUCUUUGCACCCAUCGCCUUCUGGAAGUGGCCCUUGUGAUGAGCUGCGCUUGACCUUCCCAGUACGAGAUGGAGUGGUCCUGGAGCCUUUCCGCCUGCAGCACAACCUGGCUGUGAGCAACCAUGUCUUCCAGCUCCGAGACUCUGUCUACAAGACACUGAUGCUGAGGCCUGACCUAGAGCUGCAGUUCAAGUGCUACCACCACGAGGACCGGCAGAUGAACACCAACUGGCCCGCCUCGGUGCAGGUCAGCGUCAACGCCACGCCCCUCACCAUCGAGCGUGGAGACAACAAGACUUCCCACAAGCCCCUCUACCUGAAGCAUGUGUGCCAGCCUGGCCGCAACACCAUCCAGAUCACGGUCACCGCCUGCUGCUGUUCCCACCUCUUCGUGCUUCAGCUGGUGCACCGUCCAUCUGUCCGCUCCGUCCUGCAGGGCCUCCUCAAGAAGCGCCUCUUGCCAGCUGAGCACUGCAUCACCAAGAUAAAGCGGAACUUCAGUAGCGGCACUAUCCCUGGUACCCCUGGGCCUAAUGGAGAGGAUGGGGUGGAGCAGACGGCUAUCAAGGUGUCCUUGAAGUGCCCCAUCACCUUCCGCAGGAUCCAGCUCCCUGCCCGUGGUCAUGACUGUCGUCACAUACAGUGCUUUGACCUGGAGUCAUACUUACAACUUAACUGUGAGCGGGGAACCUGGAGGUGCCCUGUGUGCAACAAGACGGCAUUGCUGGAGGGCCUAGAGGUGGACCAGUACAUGCUAGGCAUCUUGAUUUACAUUCAGAACUCCGACCACGAGGAGAUCACCAUCGACCCCACGUGCAGCUGGAAGCCGGUGCCCGUGAAGCCCGACCUGCACAUCAAGGAGGAGCCGGAUGGGCCAGUGCUGAAGCGCUGCCGCACCGUGAGCCCUGCCCACGUGCUCAUGCCCAGUGUGAUGGAGAUGAUUGCAGCCCUGGGCCCUGGCUUUGCCCCUUUGCAGCCCCCCUCAGCCCCUGCCCCCAGCGACUACCCCAGCCAGAAUUCCAACUUUUUGGGCCCUGGAACCUUCCCAGAGUCUUUCCCAACUACCACACCCAGCACCCCAAGCCUUGCUGAGUUCACCCCAGGGCCACCCCCCAUCUCCUAUCAAUCUGACAUUCCUAGCAGCCUCCUGACUCCAGAGAAGUCCACCCCUUGUCUCCCGGGCCAGAUGGCACCAGCAGGCCACCUGGACCCAGCCCACAAUUCUGGACCACCAGGGCUGCACACCUCCAACCUUGUGCCCCCCCAGGGUCCCCAGCUGCACCAUCCAAACCCUUCCCCUGCAUCCCGGCAGCCCCUGGGCCAGCCGAGCACAGGGCCCAUCAGUGAGUUGGCCUUUAAUCCUGCCACAGGCGUGAUGGGCCCCCCCAGCAUGCCUGGAGCUGGGGAGGCCUCAGAACCAGCUCUGGAUCUGCUCCCAGAACUGACCAACCCCGAUGAGCUGCUCUCCUACCUGGGUCCACCCGACCUUCCUACAAACAGCAGUGAUGACCUGCUCUCACUCUUUGAGAACAACUGAUCCUGUGUUAAACUUCAGCCUGGUGGGGACAACUCAAAGAUGUCACUGCAAACUUCCCUUCUCACCAGCUCCACAGGACGGCUGGUGGUCCUCCCUGAACCCCUCCCGUGCAUAUGGCCCAAACCAGGACCUGCCACUGCUGGCCCUCUCAGAACUGGAAGUAGCCCUGUGCUCCAAGGGGCUCCAGGCCAGUGACCCUCACCACCUUCCCUCCACCGAGCUCACUGCUACAGAAUGGGUCUUGCCAAGGUGCCCUGCCAGCCUCUGCCUAGCCAUGUGUACACACCUCACACCCUCGUCUCAUGGCCUUGCACCUUGUCUUUUCGCCCUGCCUGCUUCUCCCACCCAGCCUGCAUCUUGUCUAGCAUUGACCCUUCUGUUUCUACUCCUCCAGAGAAGAGCCAGGUAUGAGAUAAGCUGGCUCUGCCCCCUCGGCCUGCAGCUCCACUGGCCUGCGCCUGGCAUUCUCAGCUCAGAGCCGUGCAGAGUGCCAGCCUUCCAGGGCCUGGUGCUCCAGUCAGCCAUGUGUGAUGUGGGGCUCCUCUCCCCACCCUGAGCUUGAGGCUGAGGUGGGGGUGGCUAUAAAGCACAACAAUGUACAUAGUGUCGAAACGCUAACAGCUGGGAAAGGGAGGGGACAACCAUUUCAGUCAGCAUGUUUCCUCUGGGCCAGCCCAGGCCUUCCCUGUGCUGUUUGUCCCUUUCUGAGUGCGGACAGCUUGAAGGGAUGUUCUAGUGGGGAGGGGGACAGUGAGCUGCUCUCCCAAGUUGCCCUUUUCUGUGAAAGUGAAGAAUUAGAUCAGCUGUGUUUUUUAAAACCACCUCAUCUCCACCCUGUGGAACCACACCCAGGUUGGGGGAGGCUGUUGCAUCUGCUGGCAAGGUGCCCAACCCUGCAAGCAGGGUGCCUGGCCUGUUGUGUCUCCUGUCUGUGCGGUCUUAUUAAAGGACUCCCUCGUGGUGGGC